AAUAAAAUAAUCAUUGCUUUCUAAUACAUACAUGCAUGUGCAUAUAUAUAUAUAUAUACAUAUAUUCAUCAAUCAUGACGGACGUCAACAUCUCAGGUUUGCAAGAACCUCCUACUAAUGAAGACUAUCGUCUGGAUAUUAACCACCCUGAACCCGCCGGAUUCCGCCCGAGCGGGCGGCGUAUCCACCGCGUGCUGCCGUAUCUCCGCGGCAACAACGAGCGCCUCUACGAUCCGGUGGUGCUCUCGCUCGGCCCCUACCACUACGGCAAGCCGGAGUUUCGCCAUAUGGAGAGAAUCAAGGAGAAUUUGCUCGGCAGAUUCGUCGAAGAGAGCAUCGCCAAGUCGCCGUCGAAGAAUCGAGGCUUCUUCUAUAAGGCGAUACUCGAGAAAAUAGAUGAGGUGAGGGACAACUACGAAAGAGAGGGAGUCGUAAAUGAAGACGAGGUCUUGGCCGAGAUCAUUCUUCGCGACGCCUGUUUUCUCAUAACGUACAUGGAGGACAUCAAGCUCAUCGUCGACACUGUCCGCGAUCAUCUUGGCAUGGCGACGACGGUUUUCAUUGGCCACGAUGUCCGUAUGCUCGAGAAUCAAAUCCCGUUAUGGGUGAUCGCGCGCCUAAUUGAUCUCCGAGACGGCGAACACAAAGCAGGGGAGUUAGUUUGCAAGCAUUUGAGCUUCGUAUGCUUCGGCGACGAUCAACAUCUAACGAAACUACCUUGGGACGUCAAUGAUCCUCAACCGCUCCAUCUUCUAGAAGCCGGUCGAGCGGCGCUCCUUAAACGUUUCGAUAUAGCCGCACCCGAUGAUGCAAAACGAUCUAAUUGUCUUGCUAAGAUAUUCAAAACAAAGAAAGAUCAAGAGAAAGGGGUCGGGAGUGCAUUCAAGAAAGUUAGCCUUCCAUUUCGAUCGGUGACGUACCUCAAGGCGAAGGGCAUUCGUUUCACUCCGAGCACGAGUUGCCUAAGGGACCUCAAGUUCCACUCGGGCUCAUGUUACGGCACGCUCGAGGUCCCGACGGGGAUAAUCACGGGGAGCACGAAAGGCUUCCUGUCGAAUCUGAUCGCCCUCGAGAUGUCGCCGGGGAAUCCGCCGGACUUCACGGUGACAUCUUACGUAAACUUCAUGAAAUCUCUGGUCGAGACUUCCAAGGAUGUGAAGGAGCUGCGCGAAAAGCUCAUACUGUUUAGCACAAUGGUGCACGACGAGGAUGUGGUGAAGGUGCUCGAAGGGAUCCCGACUUAUGGGCUGGACGACUACGACAGUUUCGUCGACGUGAACCGCGACAUCGACGAGCAUUGCAAGAGCACGGGGAAGACGUGGAUGGCCGAGUUUAGCCAUAACUAUUUGCGUAGUCCAUGGACGAUCACUGCUCUUAUUGCUGCUACUUUCGUCCUCUGCCUCACUGUUGUUCAGACCUUCUUCACUAUUCAUCCGCCCAAGAAAUAAAUUAUCUAUAUAUAUAUAUAUAUAUAUGUGUGUGUGUUUUGGUAAUGUAAAAAAAUAAUCAAAUUUGGAGAUGGGUCCAAAGAUUUGAAGUUGCAUGCGCCGCUGCCCGUGAGAAUAAGAUACAUACAACGGGUGUAUCCAAUUUGUAUAUAAUAUGAUUGCUCCUGUGUGCUUUGAUUUUUCAAGAAUAAUAUCCAUUUUCUUGUGUUUUGGUUUUAA